UUGUGUGUGAAUCCCAAGAAACUGGAGCGAGUGAAAUGCAUUUUAUGUAAUAAAGAGAUGGGCGGGGGAAUCAAUAGACUAAAACAACAUAUUGCACAAAUUAAGGGAAAUGUUUCUUCAUGCCCAAAGGCCACAAAAAAUGACCAAAUAAAAUGUAGAGAUGCUCUUCUUGAUAACCGAAAUAAAAAGAAGGGGAAGGUAGAUGAAAAUGAGUCUUUAAGAGCACAAGUGAAUAUUAGAAGUAGUGAGAAUGAAACCAUUACCAUCGAUGAUGAUUUGAUGGAAGAUUCAUUUGGCUCUAUGAAGGCUAAACGUUCUUUUGGGCCUAUGGAUCGGUUUCCAAACACCAUCAACCCCCAAGAUGUUUCAAAAAUGGGAAAGAGAAAACAAGAAAAUAUGUCAAAUGCUAUUCGUAAGGAACACAUGGUUCGUGUGAAAGAAUAUAUUUGUAGAUGGGCCUAUGAAUGUGCCAUUCCUUUUCAUGCCUUUGAAAAGGAUAGCUUCAAAAUUAUGUUGGAGGCGGUUGGCCAAUUUGGACGUGGGGCACCACCUCCAACUAGAUAUGAGAUGGGAGAAACAUAUUUAAAGAAAGAAGUAGAAAGAACAAUAAAUUUGUUGACACCGUACAAAGAUGAAUGGAAAUCUAAUGGAUGCUCAAUAAUGACGGACGCAUGGUCCGAUAGAAAGAGAAGGAGCAUCAUGAACUUAUGUGUUAAUUCAAAGAUGGGGACUGUUUUUUUGUCAUCUAAAGAAUCAUCGGAUGAAGCUCACACAAGUGAACACAUACAUGAGUAUGUUGAAAGUUGCAUCAAAGAAGUUGGCCCCGAGAAUGUGGUACAAAUUGUGACCGACAAUGCAUCAAAUAAUAUGGGAGCGGCCAAGUUGUUAAAGGAAAAAAGACCAACUAUUUUUUGGACAUCUUGUGCAACACAUACCCUCAAUCUUAUGCUUGAAGGUAUUAAUUUUAAUUGUGCUAAUUUUAUAAUUUAGUGUUUUUUAUUAAUUUUGAAUAAUAUUAUUAACGUUUUAUUUAUUUUAAAAGGUAUUGGUGGGCUACCUAGGUAUAAGAAAAUUCUCAACCAUGCAAAAACACUCACGGUGUUUAUUUAUGCUCAUCAUAAAACUUUGGCCAUGAUGAGACACUUUACCAAGAAAAGAGAUAUUGUGCGACCGGGAGUCACGAGAUUUGCUUCCGCAUUUCUUACUUUGCAAAGUUUGGCCGAUAAAAAGGCCCAACUAAAACAAAUGUUUACAAGCGAUGAAUGGGAAUCAUGUAGACUUAGCAACACCGUUAAAGGGAAAGCCGCAUAUGACACGGUGGUAAAUGCCACAUUUUGGACCGGUAUAGCAUUAUGUUUAAAGGUUUUUGCCCCUUUGGUCAAAGUUCUUCGGAUGGUUGAUGCGGAUCGAAAGCCAUCAAUGGGUUUUGUAUAUGGUGAGAUUCAAAAUGCGAAACAAGAAAUUAUUAAUGCUUUGGGAAAAAAUAAAAAAGCGUAUGAGCCUAUUAUGGAUAUCAUUUCGAAAAAGAUGAAAGGUAGGCUUGAUACACCCCUACAUUUGACGGCUUACCUUUUAAAUCCAUAUUAUCUUUAUAAGAAUCCGGAGAUCCAAAAUGAUAUUGAUGUGACCGAUGCGAUUGUUGAUUUUGUCGAUACAAUAUAUCCGGGAGAUCAUUCUUUGCAAAACCAUAUUGUGAUGGUUGAGUUGCCGGUUUACAUGGGUAAACAAGAAAAAUUUAGUCGAGAAAUUGCAAUUAAAGGAUGUGAGGUGAACAACGACAAAUUUGAUCCGGCGAAUUGGUGGGUAGCUUAUGGUGCCUCAACUCCACAAUUGAGAAAGAUUGCUACAAGGAUACUUUCUUUAACAACUAGUUCUUCGGGGUGUGAAAGAAAUUGGAGCACUUUUGAAGGGGUACAUACAAAGAAAAGAAAUAGAUUAGAGACGUCUAAAUUGAACAAUCUUGUUUUUGUUCAAUUUAAUGCAAAUUUGAUGGAAAAUAACAAGAAAAGGAAGACUAAGGAUAUGGAAGUACUUUUAGCAAAAGAUGCAAUUGAGCCCGAUGAAGCUAUGGGUGACGAGGAGUUUUUACAAAAUCGUAGAAGUUCUAGAUUGAGAGAACUUGAUGAGGAAGAAUUUGUGUCGGAGGAUGAGGAAGAACUAAAUGAAGAUGUUGAAUAUGAAUCGGAUGGAGUUAACAUCAACGAACAAAUCGGAGCUACAUUGGAAGAGGAAGAUUAA